UCUAACUUCAAAUUGCUACUCCUAGUAAGCUUGCUACUAAGCAAAAAUGAGUUUUUCUGGAAAAAUAUUUGCAGUGAUUUCACCACCUAAAAUAGUUCACGUUCCUUCAUCGUCAUCCAGAUGUUCAAGGAAUAAUAAAGUACAUGCUCAAGAGAAACCAUUAGAUCUGCGAUACUUCAUUGAUGUCGGAAACAAGAAGAUCGAGAUUCUAAACUCAGUUUUCACAAAAAUAUGUUUGUGCAAAAAUUUUGAAAUCAGGUUUUUUGCAAUGUAUUUAAAUAUUCUAGAGGCAAAUGGAUCAAUGUAUGGAGAUCCAUCUAAUGAAUCAUGGAGCGCAAACAAUUUUGUCAAAGAUCGGUUUGAAAAUGUUGAAGUUUUGUUCAGUUCUGGGGAAGAAGCAAUGAAAAAGAUAAAGAACCAAACAGACUUUCUUUCUGAUAUUUAUAUGGGACAAAGAAUGACUGUUUACGUUAUUGAAAAUAAUUCAGUAAACAACAGUAUUUACUGUCCAAGUUGAACAUUUGGUCCACCAAAUCAUGAACGAAUAAUUUCUUGCUGAAUUGGGCAAAGAGAUUUUUCUGCAGUUGGUGACACUUUCAAAACACCACCAGCUAAUAUGACUUUUUAUUUAGCCGAUGAAACUUCGUUGGUGUAUGCAAUAUUACUUAUUUACAAUAUUCAUUUUUUUAAUUCACUUUUCCGAAUUAAAGUUAAAAUUUUAAAAAUCGAAAAAUUGCCUUAUUAUCGAACAUUUGUUUAAUGGAGAAAAUGAUUUAAAAAAAACUUGUCAAUUUUUUUUGCGAUAGGCUUCACAAGACAUAAAAAGUUAAUGAGUUAUAUAUACAUUGUUAUAUAUACAUAUAAAAUUGUUUUCAACCGGUUUUCUUGACUAAAAUAUGAACAAAAUUGCGGAUAAUAUUCUGCAAUACGGUAUCUGUUUUGCUAUUUUUGAAACUAGAACAUAAUCAUAGUAUUAAAUUUCCCACUUUGCGAUUAUAAGCUUAAAGAUUGACUCAAACGACGCACAGGAAUUAUGCAGUAAUGCUUAAAUGAUAAUUUAAUUCACUCAUAACAAAUCACAUUUGCUCUGAGCGUCUAAUUUUUAAAUAAUUCAAAGAGCUCAAUUACUUGAAGUACCCAAUGCAAAUAUGAGAGAGAUCAAUAUAGUAAAGCAGUAGGUAUGAAUAAAAUAUUAAAAUAUUUUGCAACAAAUCAAGGUAUGGGUGAAUGUUCACUUCUUCUUUGAUAUAUUAACUGUUUUUAUUACUAAAUAUUAUUUCCAUUUUCACAACAACUGAGAAAACUAUUUUCUCUUUUACAACACAAUUAUUAGAGGUAAGUCGUCAACAUUGAGCAGGCCAAAUUGCAACAAAACACUUGUUUAGUCUGUCGACCUUGAACCUACUCGAACUCAAGUUUUUAUAGAAAACAGAGUACUGGUAUCUGGUUCCUUUUAUUGUAUGUUUUUCAUGCAAUUCAAUACGAUUUAUUUUUGUACCAUUCAGCAUAUAACUAUAAAGUAUUUCUGGGAUCAUAAGAUUUGAAAUGUUGGAUAAUUUCACAUUCAACGUAAAUUUCCACUUCAAAAGAUACGCUUGCAUAAACUAAUGACAUGAAAAAUAUAAACAUUUAUUUUUUUUUUUAAAUGAAAAAUUUAUUACAAAAGAUUUUGAUUUCGAAUACAUGUAUUUCUUUUUAAAGGGAAUAUUGCAAAAUAUUCUCUCAAAUCGGGUUUGCCAGGUGCGCAUAUUUUUUGCUCCAUUUGUAAUGUAAAAGUAUAUUGUGAAAUAUUUUGAUUUCGGAUACUUGUAUUUAUUUUCAUAUGGAAUGGGUGUUGACUGACAUUUCUUAUUAUUUUUGUAAAAAUCUUUUCAAAUCAGCUCAAAUUUGCCAGGUGCAGAUAUAAAAGGAUUGUAACGCCUUGCCGACGACUAAAAAAACAUCAAGUGUGGGCAGAAUUCUUAAACAAAUACGGAAUGAUACGGAUGUAUUUCAAAAUCUUAUCGAUGUUUUUUUCACUUUUGGAAAUGUGCUCAACGGCGCCACCUAGCGUUUUCAAUUCUGGCUAUAUGGUAAAUUAGUUGUUCAUUUGUUCCAGAAAUAAUGGUUUCAGAUGGAAAUCUUGUUUCAAUCCAUACAUGAGCUGGUAUAUUCAAAGUGUGCAUCUAUAUAGAAAUUUGGGCAUUCACUUUUGUGAUCUGGGAAAAUUGUGGGCUCCUGUGGCAUACGAAGAGAAGGAUUAUAUACAUCAUUCUGUAGAGUACAUUCCAGAGAAUGGAAGCUACUUGGAACCAGACACAGUGAUUUAUGUUCUUAGGUUUAUUAAUUGUUUACGUUCUAUUGAAUCAAUUGAUCUUGUUGUUGUUUUUCCUAUAUAUAUUGUUUAUUCGCAGCAAAAACUUGUCGUCUUUCCUAAUUGAAAUAAACAAUUUUCGGUGCUCCCGAAGUAUGCGAAUAAGAUGGCGA